AUGAGUAAACCUAAUCCUAAUCGCUUUAUGUUAGUCACAAGUUCAAUAAAAUUAAAAAGUAAUAACAAAUUACUUCAAAAAUCUCUAGAGCUUGAUAUAUAUAGAAAUGACUCUAAAAAAAGACAAGUAGAAGAAUUUCUUCGAUUAUUCUAUGAUGAAUUUAUUAAUAUACUAGUUAAAGAAGAUAAACUAGUCAUUAAUCUAGUUAGAAGUCAUUAUUUAUGGUUUGGUUUAGGCGGAAAAAUGCCAGAUAAGAAAGGAGCUAAAAAAUACUUGAAAGCAUUAACACAGCAAAUAGAAUUUAUCAGAUACUUAACAAGGUCUUCUGAAAAUGAAAGUCUAAUUGCUCCAAUAGUUUUAGGAUAUGCUUACAAGGAGGGAAAAUUUGAACUUAAACUGAAUUCAGAUAAAGGAAAUGAAUAUUUAGAAUGUGCUAGUGAAAGAGGGAACGAAAAAGCAACAGAAAUACUUCUGCUUUAA